CCUUGGCGGUCUGACGGCUGACUCGCUCUGUCUGCGUCAGAGAGUGGAUUUUAUAGAAAGCGUAGGGCUUAUAAACGAAAAAAGCGCUUCCACAGUGAGGGAGAUGAGCAAGUGACACAUGCGUGAAUCGAAGUCGGGAUUUUAGAGUUGCUGCUUUUUUGGAAACGAGAAAGGAAGGUUGGGAACAUGGCUGGAAAGUGCAGAAGCUGCCUUGAAGUGCUGGACUUGUAGUAACAGCUCUUUACAGAAACUCUGAUGGUCCUAAAGCUGUUCCGCACAUAUAUUUGAGUGUUUCAAGCUUUCAGGACGUCGCAGUUGUUGCUUGCACCUCAUUUAGCUCUUACUUGCAAUUUUGGCAGAGAGCAUGGUGUUCACAAAUAUUUUCUGAUUAUGCCUACUUUGCUGCUCAGUCACUCGGUUUGUUGUUCAAAAUAUAACACAGUAAGAUGCCCUUAAAAUUGUCAUUCAGACAAGGAACAUUACAGCAGGAAGUUAAAUAAUUGAAUUGUACGAGGAGGGUCAGUUCUAAAUUGUUUAGCUGUGUUUCCAAGAACGUGAAAGCUCGAUGUGAUUGAAAUAAAUUCUGUGCUGUCAAAGCCUCUACUGAAGGUGGUGUGCUAAAUGUACUCUACUAAAUGAUGUGCUGGCUUCACUGCUGAGUUUUACAGGUUUUUCGGCUUGUUGGUUUUGUUUGACCUCAGCAAGCUGACAGAUGUAGUAUCUGAAACAGGUUUGGGAUGUUGUUAAUGUAACCUCUGAAAUACAUGUCAUGUGUUCCAUACAUAUUUCAGGGAUCCAGGCUCUCCAAACUGGCAUAACCAAAUGUGAUUUGCUUCCCUACCACAAUUUUUUCAGCAGUGUUGAAUGUCCUUUCUUCCUAGAGUGGCUUGUUUCUGAAAAUGUUUAUCUGAUUUGUUAAUUCCUGUCCAUCCUCUCUUAUGGUGUCAUAUUUAAGCAAGAUUCCUGUGCUAGGGCAUAGUUGUCCUCUACUCUUCACUCUUUAAUAAGUUCUCUUCGUCUCGUGAAUCCCAUUUGAGUGCUCUGGGCCAUUUAUAUGCUCAAGAGCAAUUUUGUGGCAGUUUGCAAAGAUAGUCUGUAUAAAACAUGGGAUGGGAAUUGUUCUCUGGGGAUGCUCAGGCCUUGAAAAUGUUACAUUUUUGUCAUUUGACGAAAUGACAAUGGCACAUUUUGUUCACUGAGCUGUUACAUUUUGCUUUCUAGCUGAAAAUUUCUGUAGCUAUGUUCUCAAAAGUGAGCUUUGUUCAGACUUGCUUGUGGGUUGAGGCACCACAGCCCACUGCAUGUGGGCUUUUGGCUUUUUCUUAAAUGAUUUUUGUGUUCUUCAGAGCCUGAUUUUAAUACUUGUAACAGUUGUAAUCACCUUGCUCUUUUUAGGAACUUCUCUACUUUUCAUAGAGUCAGCUCUCCUGUAGAGAAGCUAUUCUCAGGUUCUCAUGGAUAAUGGAAUAUAAAUGUUUAAGGAGUAUCUGUUGCCUCUGCUUUGGAUGAAACCUGACCUAUUUCUGAGACUGAAUGACAGCAGAUCCAUGCAAAGGCAUCCUUGAAAAUGAGCUUCAUAAGAUCAGGAGCAGUUCAUUUCCUACCUGUAUAAAUUAUCUAAACCACCACAGUUUAUUAGGGUUCUUAUAAUCUUUAAUUAUUCAGAUUUUGGCAUAAUUUAAAAUUACUUUAGUUUGAGGUUAGUUAUAAUUUAAAAUAUGAAAGGAAUUUUGAGAUAGGAGCUUUAGGAGACUCAGUAAUUCUCAAGAGGGGAAUAUUCUGUCUCCUGCUUGAAAAGUGUAAAGUGGGAUUGUGAAAUGAUGGAAGUACUUGGUACUUCUACUUAAUUUAGUGACAAUUACUAGAUGUCAUUGCCAGUUCCUUAAAAUGCUCACAAGAGAGCCCAGUUUCCUUGCUGUGGAAUCUUUUUGUGUAAAAGAAAUUGACAGUUAAAUGAACAUGCUUAGCAGGUAGGGAUGUUCUUUGUUUGCUUUUAAUGCCUUAUCCUGUUAUGUUCUUGUAAGCCUUACUCAUGCUUGAAAUUGGUCCUUAUUUUCUGUCAAUCAGAAGAACAGUGGGACGUGUUGGUGAGACAAGCACUGAAAUUUUGUAGCUGGAUGCAUCUUGCUCCUGUAACUUGCAGGUUUCCUUCUGUGCUGUGGCCUUGCGCUAUUAUUUGGGAUAAGUACUGUGUGGUGGCUGCCCUGAUCUGUAAAAGGGGGGUGGAUGAAGUGUGAGAGGAUGGAAAGAGGAAAGACCUAAUAAGACUGAACAGCCAGACUGCUGCCAGGGAAAAGGCUUGCCUUGCUUGUACAGAAUGCCUAACUGGUUUUUUGGGUUUUUUCCCUUUUUUUUUUUUCCUUUCUAGCAGUGACAAGACAAGAUCUGGGCCUCUGGGGUCUGUCUGCCAGUCUCCUUGGGUUGUCCUGGCCUGCCCACAUUAUUCCUGUAGCUUUGGUGGCUCUGAAUGGCUGAUGAAGAGGGAUGUUCAGUCUAAUGGCCAAUUGCUGCAACUGGUUAAAACGGUGGAGGGAACCUGUCAGGAAGGUGACACUAAUAAUGGUGGGUCUCGAUAAUGCUGGGAAAACUGCUACAGUCCGAGGAAUUCAGGGAGAGUCUCCUGAAGAUGUGGCUCCAACAGUUGGGUUUUCCAAAAUUGAUCUUAAACAGGGACGCUUUGAAGUGACCAUCUUUGAUUUAGGAGGUGGAAAACGAAUUCGGAAUAUCUGGAGGAAUUACUAUGCUGAGUCCUACGGUGUCAUAUUUGUGGUGGAUUCCAGUGACAUUGAAAGAAUGGAAGAAACAAAGCAAGCCAUGACAGAAGUUUUAAAAAGCCCUAAGAUAUCAGGAAAACCUGUGUUAGUGCUGGCAAAUAAGCAGGACAGAGAAGGAGCUCUGUCAGAAGCAGAUGUGAUCGAGUCCUUAUCUCUGGAAAAGCUGGUUAAUGAACACAAGUGUCUCUGUCAAAUUGAACCUUGCUCAGCGAUCAUGGGCUGUGGGAAAAAAAUUGAUAAAUCAAUAAAAAAGGGGUUAUUUUGGCUUCUCCAUAUCAUAGCGAAAGAUUUUGAUGCCUUAAAUGAGCGCAUCCAGAGGGACACUACAGAGCAAAAAGCACUUGAGGAACAGAAGAAACUGGAACGAGCUGAGCGAGUCAGGAGGAUACGGGAAGAGAGGGAAAAAGAAGAAGGAAAUGUACCUGAGGAAGAAGACCCUGAGCCUGGGAAAUGUGGAAACCCCUUCCAGCCUAUAUCUGCUGUAAUCUCUGAGAACGAAAAACAGCUGGAAAAGGAAAAGAAGAGGCAAAAGUUGGAGACUGAAAAGGCUACAAUUGUCUUGAAAUCCCAGCCGGAGCAGGACCACUUAUCAAGUAGCAGUAGCCAAAACACGAAUGACAGCAGGCUGGAAAGGUGCAACUCUACAACUGCCCAGCUUUUGCAGCAUGCAGAAGAGAGUGACCAACAAGCCUCAGAAUGCCUUGACUCAGAUAACAGUAAGAAAAAAAGUAAAAAACCUAAAUUAAAAAGGGGACACAGAGUAGAACCUGUUAAUGCAGAGGACUCUCUUCCCAAGAACCCUACACCACCACCAGCUCUUCCACCAGUUGGAUGGGGAACUCCCAAACUUAAUAGACUUCGAAAACUUGAGCCUCUUGGUGAAACACAUCAUCCUGAUUUCUAUGGAAAGCCUCUGCCCCCGCUGACUCUACGCCAAAGACCCAACAGUGAUACCCAUGAUGUCAUUGCUUAACUGGAGCACAAAGAGACUUUUAAAAACAAUAAUUUUAAAAUCCUAUCAUUUUUUUACCCUUGAAGGAAAAUUUUUAAAAUGACACUUUCUCAGCGUAUGACAACUAAACAUGGAGUUCAUCCUGUUGUCCUUAGGUGGUCAGACUUUAUCAUUUACUUUUCACAUCACCAGCUCUUCUUCAGGAUUUAUUUGGUUUACUUGUGAAAAGACAUGGCUGAAAACCUGAAGAAAAACACCUUCAAGAUCCCGUAAUACUGGAUUGUACAUUCCCACCAAGACCUUUCUCCAGGUGCUGUGCAGGUGUUGGUAUUUUUUCAGGGAGUAAAUGAUUCUAAAGCAUUUUGUAAGAUUCCUGUAUGAUAGGGUGAAUAUAGAAAGGUUAAACAAAUAUUGAAUAUAUUUUUCUACCUUUUUAUAAAAUGAGUUGAAAGUUUGAGUGGAGCUGUGUAUCUACUACCAAUAAAAUGAUACCAAGGGAGCAUUAGUCAAGUGCAUAAAAAUAAAGUGUGUUUUACUCUUACAUUUCUCUUACAGUACCAAUACCUUUGCUUAGGUAUUACAUGACAUAUUUCAUAUUUCUGGCAAUCUGAAGCAGGGGGUAAGAUAGAAAAAUUUAAAAUAAAUACAUUUUAUACAAAAUAAUACUAUUUGAACUGUCUGGAAGUUUUUCUUAUCUGUUGUUUUCUUGGUUUUGUUAACUGAGUUUGACAUAGGUAAUAAAUUCUGUGGAAAAAGAGAGUUGAAUACUGUAUUGUCUACUACAACAAAUGAGAAAAUUGCACAUAGUGGGAAAUUUGCACUAAUUAAAUCCCGAUUUUGAUGGGAAACUGAAUCAGCCAGUAUGCAGAUGACCUCCCACAGUUUUUAAUCUCAAUAAUACUAAAAUACCAUCUUGCAAACUAAAGAAAUGCUGGGGUUUUAAGGAUUUAUAUAACACUUCCAUAGAAUGAGUUGAAAACCACAUACAAGUGAUACCUAAACAAGAGUUACAAUUUGUUAUAUUCCUAUUUAAAUGUUUUACUGUUACCUUGCACACAAGCAGUGGUGUACUUGUAAAGGUUCGUUGUUCUGCCACUUAAUGACAGAUGGGAUGAAGCCCCCAUUCCCAGGGGCUUUUUGGAGAAGCAGUAGUUGAUAAUUUUAUAUGAUGCUCUGUCUUCAGUAAUGUGGUUUUACCAAAGGAGUUUACAUGUUGAAACAAUGUGGUGUAUUACGUGUUCAGCAUUUUGGUAUUGGAAGUCUUUGCCAUAUGCCCCUUGCAGCAUGGAGUUGCACAAACAUCUGGCAUACUAAAAUGAAAUAAUUAAGAUUUUUAAAGAGUAGGGUGGAAUCUCUCUUAUGGGUACUAAGUUUGGAAGAGGUGGAGAAGUUUAUUCCUCUUAAGUUUGUUAGUUUAGAGAAAGGAUGAAACAAUUUCUGUGUGACUACCAGCAUGAGAAUACUUUUGUUGUAUUCUGAUACUGUAACAUGAUUCAGUUGAAUUAUCCUCAGGAUUUGGUCAUUCUCCCUUCAGACGACACAAUUCUAAGUGGAGGGGAGGUUGCACAAAAAUUUAUAUGUACAAUCUCAACCUUACUCUCAUUAGCUCUGUUACCACUUAAGUUUUUGGCUUUAAGGCUCUACUUUUGCAGACUUAAUUUUUUACAGCUUCAAUUUCUAGGAAUGUAUUACCCUUUUGUUUUCUCUCUUCCCUAAAAUAAAUUAAUGGAAGUGUUUAUUAAAAGCAAAGCUAAAUACUGCUGUGGUAACGAAAUUUGAGAAACUAAAAUGUUGAUGCUUAUAUAUGAACUGUGUGUUCUGUGUGCUGUGUGUGUGGAUACAUGUACCAUUUUUGAUUUUUACUUUUAAAAUAAAUGUUACCAGCAUGUGACCAAAGUACUCAAAAACAUUUUAUAAGUUUUUGUUUUAUUAAUAUGCUUUGUAAUUAUUUACUAUGGUGGGGAUUUUUUCAGUAAUUUAUACUGCCAUGACUUUUUAUUUGCUCAAGAUGACAUUUAUGUAUAGAAUAAAACUAAUGCAAAGCAUCAA